UAUAAACCGUAUGAAUCUGAUUGUUCCGAAGUUUGUGAUGUAUUUCUCAAGUUUUAUCAGUGUUUUGUGGAGUUUGUUGUAAUUAAUAUACAAAAUAAAAGUAUGAUAUUAGCUGUGCAGACGCGUGAAGUUAUAAUUAACAAAAAAAUAGUAACUACAAGACAUUAAUUUGUGGAGUCGGCCAAUUUAUACAAUCAAAAAAUAAUCUGAAUCUGUGUAAAAAAAUAGACAAUGGCGUCUGACGUAUUAUGUUCGUGUGUAAAUGAUCCGAAUUUUACUAUUAUUUGUAUGUUCAUCGAAAAAUUCUCCGAUGCCUGCGGAAUCGCUUCACCUCCCAUAAAUGAGUUGUCCCAAAUGUUGGAAAAUACAUCUGAAGUGGCUCCCCCUCUUGAAGAAAUACACAUAAAACUAUUGAGGAAGAUAAAAAAGUCUGUUCCUACAAAUAGAUGGGAAAAUGCACUUUCAAAGUUUGCCUAUUCGUAUUCCAAUCAAGAUGCAUGGGAACUUGAGCGUUUUGGAUAUAAGAACUCCAGUAUUGCAGUUAAAUUGCGUGUUUUGAAGGCUUUGUUGGAGGCACAGUUUGACCGAAAUGUCAAAUUCAAAGGUCACGUCAAUGGUAUCGCUGCAGAACAGUUACGUUCCGAACCAAUUGGAAAAGACAAAUUCGGUAAUACAUACUGGUGCAUCUUGGAUCGUCGGUGCAAUAUUCGGAUAUUUUGCGAAAACCUGGACGACGAAACAUGGAAAGUAGUGGCGAGUAAUCGGGAAGAAGUUGUGCAGUUGAUAGAUAAACUCAAGAAUAAUGAGCUUGUCUUAACCCCAUCACAAGAUAUGGUAGAUGAAGAUACUAGUAGUAACAGUAAUUUAUCGAACUUUGGAGCUUAUUCAUCGACUUUGAAGCAAGACGCCAAAGAGACCUCUCUUAUCAUUGAAAGGAGAGUUUAUAAGAAAGCUGAAGAAACAGUGGGUAAUGCAACAUCUAAUGCCAUAUUGGAACCUACCCAGCUCAAAAGCAAUGAGUCAAGUUCGGAAGAAUCGGUUGUAGAAAAAUUAAAAGAUGUGGAAAAAGCCGCGAAACAUGACGAUGCUACAGAAAAUUCAAAAAAUAAAGAAGAUGAAAAUGAAGCAUCCAAAAAAGCAGAUGAAAAUACAUUAAAACAUAUAGACGACGAAGAAAGAACAGUAAAAUAUGAAAACGAUUUAAACGAAACUCAAAAUAAAGAUGAUCAAAAGAAGUUGUCGGAAAAUAAAGAAGAAGAAAAAGAUGCGCAAUCAAAGAAUUCAGAAGACUGCAGAAACAUUUCAAAUGACGUAGUGGAGGAACCAAUGAUGCUGGUACGUGGCGAAGGUUCCGGAGCUGAUUGUGAGGCUCACCCCAUAUUCAGUGAAGUCAUAGAAGAACCAAUAUUAUUCGUGUAUGGCUUUGGAAAUGGGGUUGAAAAUCAAAUGGGUAACAUUAAAAUCAGUGAUGACGCACAUACAGAUGAAAAAGUUUCGAAAGAUCUUGACCAAACAGAGAAAAAUGAUCUUCCUUUAAAAAAGAAGAUAAACAAAAGUUACAAGUCUGAAUCUUAUCAAGUAGCUACGCUUGAAGAAAGCAAAAAAUGUAUCAUAACUAAUGAUAACAAUAUAGAGCACUCAGACAAUUUCAUAAAAACAGAAGAUCAUUUAAAUGAGCCUAAAUCUCAAAAAGAAGAAUCGGAUUUGAAUAUUGAUACAAAGAAAAAGAAUGAUUUUAGUGCAGACGAACAAGUAGCAUUACACACUUCAAAUGAAAUAACAGAGGCCAUCCCUGUAUCCGAAUCGCGGAUUGUAAAUCCUGAAAAAAAUAACGUUGUUACAGAUUGCAACAUCAGUGAAACCUCAAAUAGCUCCGAUGAGAUAUUGAUACCAAAAAAGGAGAAGCAAAUUGAUUGUGGAAUGGUUUCACCUGAAAUAGAACUAAAGGACAACAAACACAGUCCCAAAUUACGAACCGAUCAAAAUACUACCAAGCAAAAGGAAACUAAUGCAAACCCCAAUAACCCAGACACUGAGAGUACUUCUUCAACUGUAAUUGAUCAGACGGCAUCACCACAAAAGUCUAAAAAGGGAAGAAAGGCGAAAUCCGGAAUAGUUGACGGUCUGGAUAUAUCACAGGUUAUUCUCGAUAGAUCAGAAAACGGCUCCCCACCUAUUCGACAAUCGAGAAGAAUAGCACAGCAGAAAAUUCUAGAAGAAACGAAUAGACGUUUGAUUGAGGAAAAAAUGUUGCGUCAGAUGAAAGCGGAAGCCAUCAAGAAAAAGAAAGAAAGUAAGCAGAAAACAAAAUCAGAUGAUGAUGAUGAGGACUACGUCGUAUCUGAUGAAGAUUCGAGGCAUACUGAAUCCAAGGUGAAAUUGAAGAAAAAGAAUGACAAGCCUUGGAUGAACUCAUCUUCAGAAAGUAGUAGCGAAUCUGAACAAGAAGAAUAUUACAUUGAACCCGAGCAUUCGGAUUUACCAUCCAUAAAAUCGGAUCAUGAAUUCUCACCAGAGUCUGACCUUGAAGAUGAGAGUUACAUCCCAGUGAAACGAGCAAGAACUGCCAAAGUGGAGAAAUUCCCCGAUGACGACAAUGAAUCUGUAGAUUCUGAUGUGGAUCACUCUUGUCAAAAAUGUGGUAAAUCGGAUCACCCUGAAUGGAUACUUUUAUGUGAUGCGUGCGACAAAGGUUAUCAUUGUUCUUGCCUUGUACCAGUGCUAUUCAUCAUACCUGAAGGUGACUGGUUCUGCCCGUUAUGCCAGCACGACAAGCUUAUAGCAAAUUUAGAAUCCAAGCUUCUUCAGUUUGAUGAAUAUUACGAAACAUUCAAAGCUGAUGAAGCUCUCCGACAAAAAAUUGCAUCAGAACAAAUCAAAACUUGUUUGGAUAAGGAAAAUGUAAAUGACGAUUCAGAUCAAGAAGUUGUAACUAAUCAAAAUAAUAGAAGACGUAAUCAUACAAAAAACAAUUCUGCACCGUCUAGCGAUGGGGAUUCCAACAAGCAAUCCGACGAUGAUGAUACUGAUUCUGACGAUGUUCCAAUAUACCAGCUGAGAAAAAGAAACACGUCAAAUCUAAGCUUUAAAUUAAACGAAUAUGACAAUCUCAUAAAAUCAGCUAUCGAUCGGAGUACUUUGGAAUCCCCAGAUUCUCCUCCUACGCAUGGUAAAGAUAUCAGAAAUAUAGUGAAAGCAGUCAAGAAAGAAGAAGAAAAACUCAAUCGAGCGCUGUCGCAAUCGCCUGCCCCAGGUGAAAAGCGAAAACAAAAGAAAAACUUUAUGAAGAAAAAGAAAAAGUUGAACAGUCUCGAUGUAAGCUCAGACGAGGAUGAUGGAUCGGACGAAGAUUUCUCCGAGCAAAUAUCUUCUUCAGAAGACGAAGAAAGCUUUUCCAUGACAGAAGAUAGUGAAAGCUCUUUGGAAUUUACGAGAUCGAAAAAGUUCCGGGCCGCAGCCAACAGAAAGAAAGACAAGGAGUUCAUCAAUGAUGAUGAUGAUAGUGAUAAUAGCGCAGCUUACAACAUCCGUAAGCGGAAAAACAAAUCCAAAAAGAUUCUCGACGAUUCAGACGAGUUCAACGAGGAUGACGAUGUUACGGAAAGUGAAGAGAUCGAUAGUGAGGAUUUGUGCAAUGACACGGAAACUGAUAGUAGCGAUGAUAAUUGGAAAAAAAGGAAAUCAAAAGUUAAAGUCGUCAGUCGCGUCCCAGUUAGAAACAAUGAUAAUUCUAAAAAGAAAGCUAAAAAAAAUGAUGACGAUAGAACAUAUAGGAGCGGUAUCAGGAAAAGGCCUGCUGAGUUUGAAUCGGACUCAGACACCUCGAAUAAAAAAAAUAACACUGAAGAAUCAAAUAAAAGGCGUACUAGAGGAAAAAAGCUUCAUUAUUUAAUUGAUGAAGAUUUUGAAAGUUCAGAUGAUGGAAUUACUCCCGGAGUGCAUCGUCCAGAUACACCUCCAGAAGAACGAGAGAAAUUCAUAAAGAAACAAGAAGAAAUUAAACGUAUGUUGGCUGAGAAAAAUACUGCUGCUGCGAAGGAACUUGCUACACCUAUGAUUGAACCACUUCAUGUCAAUGACAAAAAUCGGCAGUCUGCUCUAUCCACGAUACCACCACAAGUCAUAGAAAGUGCUAAGGUUUUGGAUAUUGAUUUUUUGAGGAGCUCAAAACAUCUAGACUCAGAUGAGUUCGAUGAAGAACUCGCUGCUAACUUACCUGAUCCUGACGUCAAUGAAGAGGAACUGGCUAAAAUAAUGGAAGAAGAGGACUUUGGACAGCAUCAACUUAAAUUAGAUGACGCGGAAAACGAAAAAGAGUUAAGCCCGACUGAAAGUCCAUCAAAGAAAAAAGUAAGGCACUUUGAUAGCAUCGAUCCUACGAAAAUCACCAAAAUUGAUAAGAAAACUGGACAUACCGGAACAGCUGAGAGAAAAGUCGAUGCAGUAUGUAGUAAUCUCGUAAAUUUCCUUCAGUCUAAAGCAUUACCAAAUACAAAUUCCCUCAGUACUGGUGAAAUGAAUGUAACAAAACUUUUACCCGCAAGUCCCGUGUAUCACAGUUUGAACCCUCCAUCAAGUGGAACAGGGAGUUUACUACAACAAAUGAAACAACAAGCAAUCCCCUUGCAGGACCCACCAAGUCAUUCAAGUCCGCUGAUUUUAUCUGUCAAAAAAUCGUUUCCGUGUGCAGUUCCUCCCCUUCCUCCAACGUUGCUACCUGUACCAAGCAGUCCGCUGCUCGGUGCAACAGAAACUGGAUUAAAAGACGGCGUUGUAGACGUAAGGAGAAGAAGGCGAAAAAAAAUCACUCCUCUCAGAACAGAUUUGUACAAAGCAACGAUGGACAGCAGACUACUCGAUCCAACGAAAGCACUAAAUUAUUCAAGUUUACCACCUUCCAUUGGCGUGAUACGCACAGAUAAACAUUUCCCCUACAGCUUGCCGAAGGAAACCAAACCCACAGUUGCACCGACAUUUGAUACCAGCAGUACUAAGCCAAGUGAAAGCAAUGAUCGGUUUCCAAACCCUGGUUCAUAUAUUCUACCUCCUGAUUACAAUCACGGGUUUGGAAGUCAUACGAGCGGCAGUAAUGCUCCGUCUCGGCCUGUAACUAGCACACUAAGCGAACAUCCUCGUCAAUCUUUCACAACUUUGGAACCAGUGAAUGCUGAAGAACCACUUUCUGAACCAGCAGCAAUUACUACUGGGAGUACUGAAAAUAAUCAAAGUGAACCAGAAGGCACAAGCAUUCAUCAGGGCAUUGUUUGGUUUGGCCGGUAUUCCCACUCCACGCCAAUUUGAGCCUUUCGGUGGAUCAUAGUGAAACGGCACCCACGAUCUUCAAGGAGUUGGCCCAACAAUAGUGAGCACGUUUAAUCGAUUGCAUCGAGAGAAUUUGGGUGCAGGCAAAUUUCACGCUUGGCCAAGGUCAGACGCAGGCAAAUUGCGGUUCGGAUACCAUUUUUGG